UUCUUCGUAGCAAGGAAUACAGGUUUUAUGGGAAAUAAAGAAUUCAUAAGAAUCUCUCUGGUUCUGAACAUUUGCGCUCGGGUCGUACCACCUUCACUUCCCCCAUGACACCGCUCUUAUCUAGCAUUGCUACAUUUCUGCCGGUCGUCGCAUUUUAACCUCCCCCAUCUUCUCGCUGUCUUCCUAUCCGACAUUGAAGACCGGGCUUGGAGAAGUCACCCUCAGCUAUCGAUAUGGAUGUAUGGCUGUCGCUUCGCUGCGUUAUGAGGGUCAUUCGCCCAUAGCGGGGGGAGUCAUACCGAAGUUUCCAAGAAAGGAAUGCUCAACGAUAUUGAAUGAAUGCGAAGACAACGGGGAAGGUACAUCGUCUUGUGCUGUGACAGUGUUGAUUUCAGGACGACGAUGAUAAUGAUGAUGGCCAGUCAGGGAAUCUUUUUCUGUCUUAUUUCCGGAUGUCUAGAAAAUCUCCGGCAGGCAAAGGUUUCCUCGUGAGCGCACUGCCCUAUGAUACUCCGAAUAUGACGGAAGUCGCGAGAGCCAUUAUCAUUUUGAAUACCAGGUUGGGUAGAGAACCUGUUGGUAGGUCGGAAACCACCUCAGCAGUCCCCCUGCGAUGUCCCACCGUGGAAUGUGGCCUGAUAUCUAUCACGGUCCUGCGCUUAUUACAAGAAACCGCCUCAGAAGCACAAGAACCAGGACCACCUCUCGGGACAUCAAGGUAUUCAUCCAUUAACAGGCACCCAAGCAUCGCCAUCAAUAACAAAAAUACACCCUUUGCCGGUGACGUACUCAUUUCCGAGAUGCACGCAGAGUCUUGGCCUUUACGCUGUCCCACGUUGCCUCUCAAUUAUCCUUCUGUACCGAUGCAUUCCACUCUACCUAGGGUAGAAGCUUACACACUGCCGGGAUGCUUCGCGGUUAUAAUUAUCAUAGGAACAUUCGUACAAUCACGGGUAGUACGUGGAUGACAUCUGGGGAGCACCUCGUUCUUCGUGGUGACUGACUCGUACUC